CCUCGGUGUGUAACAUCCAGGUCAUUUUUACCGGAAUAUCGCUCUCUUUGAAUUUAGCUUUGCACAGUUUCGUUUUGGAUGCAUCAUUUUGACUUUCCAGAAGAUCAGUUUAUCCCUACACCGCUUUAAUCGUGAGCGUGUUUGAUUUCAUAAUUCUUAUUACCCCAAAACACGUCUUUUCUGCUAGCAUGGAAUUAUUUCUUAUGCUCAUAGAUCCCUCUCAUAUUUAAAAACACCCACGCUAGUCUCUCUAUGUUACCACAAGAAGUAGACCAAUUUAAUUGUGUGUCUUCAAAAUACACGCUACUCUCUCCAAUUCAUAAUCCGAUGGAGAACCAGCAGCUACUUCCGACGAAAUCCUUUUCGGAUACUAAUCAAGAGAUUUUCCAGAUAGAAGGAUUCUGGUACCUGGCGCUGCACAUGGAAAGCAUAGCCGCCUUCAGGUCCGAAUUCGAGCCGAGGAAGGACGACAUUCUCCUGGCAUCUUUCAUCAAAACAGGAACAACCUGGCUCAAAGCUCUCUGCUACAACAUCCUCGACGAAGAAGAGAACGACAUUCUGGCGAAGGAGAACCCACACGAUGUGGUCCCCACGCUCGACGUUGCUUUCCUCCGAGACCAUGUCCAACAUCUGCUCCUCAACUCCCCUCCUGGGCGUAGCCGUUUGCUCCACACUCAUCUCCCCUGCAGUUACUUGCCGGAGAAGGUGAGGAGCUCGCCGUGGGGAUGCAAGCUCGUGUACGUGGCCCGGAACCCCAAGGACACGCUGGUGUCGCUGUGGCAUUUCCUCAAUAGGAACUUUAGAGCCGACGACGCAGAUAGACCGUUCCCGCUGGAGAGAGCGGUGGAGACAUUCUGCAGCGGGGUUAUGGUCUGGGGUCCCUUUUACGAGCACGUGGUGGGAUACUGGGAAGAGAGCAAGAAGCGGCCCGACGAGGUGUUGUUUCUCAAGUACGAGGAUCUGUGUAGAAACCCCGAAGAGCAGGUGAGGAAGCUGGCUUCGUUUCUCGGACGGGAAACGAGCAUAGAUGUGGAGAAGGUACUGUGGCUGAGCAGUUUGAACAGACUUAAGGAGUUGGAGGUCAACAAGGAUGAUGUUGUGGAAAAAGGAAAAUAUGCUCGCAACUCCACCUUCUUCAGGACGGGAACUGUUGGAGAUUGGAAGAACUACUUGACUCCCGACAUGGCUCGACGUAUCGAUAGCCUCACACAGGUUAAGCUGCAGGGUACUGGGCUUUCUUUCGAUGACGAGUAGUUCUGUAUGUGCUACAAUACGUUUCUGCGACCAUUCUAAUUAGUUCGUUCGGUACGUAUCCAAAGUUUUCUCCGUUUGCAAGUUUGUCUGUGUGAGAAUAAUGGGAUGUCGGAAUAUAAUCAUUAGUCUCUCUUAUUGGCCUUCUAUGUGAACAAAUUAAUAAUCGGAAUAUAAUCAUAAUUAAGCUUGCAUUGCAUGUCUUGAUUAAUCAUGAUCCGUUUAACUUUUUUUUGAUAAGAAAUGAUCCGUUUAACUAUCCAUGGUAUCUUGAUAGAUUUGGCAAAUUAGGGUCCGACUUGAAAAUUGAAAAAAACUAGAAUUGGAUUAACCUUUUUAUCACACGAAAUUCGAGGGACCCAAAAUCGAGUGAUUCAGGCUCUUUCGAGCGGGUUAGGGUCGGGUUGGGAGCAUCGUUGGGUCAACCCUCUCUUACCCAUCCAUCAAAAACUUUCCUCCAAAAUCGAGUGAAAUAGCUAAUUAUAAGCACUUCAAAUUUAAGUUAAAACUCUAUAUGAUGCAAUUGUUUGACGAAAUGAGUUUUAUAAUAGAGAGAUUCUAUCGAGAGAGGUCUCUAAGAAAUAUGGUUUACUUUAUUAUUCCUUAGGUGGAUAUAAUAUCUAUCUUCAUUGUUACUUUUACAUUGGAUUCAAUUUAGUAUACUUUCUCAUUUAGAUAGAUUUGUUUAUGAUGUUCUGGGAUAUAAUAUAUCAUUAUAUAUGAUGGUGUAUGAUAUUAAUUCCUCUCAUUUUAGGUUCAAAUUGAUGCAUUUUCCCCUUAACCGUUCCCUUUUAUUGGUUGAUAAUUUUCAUGAUAUUUUUCACUUUGAAAUAUCGUUAGCGGAAUCUAUACACAACAAUUUGUGUUUUUUCGCUUCCUCUUCUCUUGGUUAGAUAUUGUGUCCAUAUUGAUUCCUAUAUUGAUAAUCGAAUUACUACUUUUUUGUUCUUUUUUCUGAUGCAAGAUAUGAUUUUAUGUUUGAUAAUAUAGAUUUAUUUUUCAAGCAUGUGGAUGCUUGAGAGUAGGUUGUCAACCCGCAGGUCGACCCACUUUGACCCUGACCCGGUGAGAAAAACGGACUGCACACACCCGCCGAGUCGACCGCUACAAGGUAUCGGGUUAGAGGUCAAAUUGUGUCAUUUUUUCUUUGGUUUGCGAAAUGCGCCUAUUUUUCAAUUUUCUUUUCGCCUAACUCAAUCUUUGGAAUCCUAAGUUGAACAUUUGAAUAUUGUUGUUAUAUAAUUGUGUGUGAAUUUUCACUAUAUGUUGGAUCUAAGUAAGACAUGUUAUUUUAGUGUAAUAUUAUAUGUUAUAGCUCAUAUGUUAGAUGAGAUUUGAUAAUAUUUAUCAGGAUAAGUAUAAUAUAAUGACUCUUUCCAUAUUUUCGGGCUAAACCGGAUGACCCAUCAACCCUUGACCCACUAGCUUCACCGGGUCCGGGUCAACCCGCGGGUUGACAACCUUGUCUUGAGACUUUUUGUUUGCCUCAUAACUUACAUUUUACAAUGGCUCCAAACUUGGAUGGGUUUCUAUUCAACACAUAAAUUUUUAAUGAUGUAAAAUUUAUGAAACUAAGAUGCAUAUUAAUAAACAAUGUAAGUUCUCAUCUUCCCUCUUAAGCACUACAUAUCAUUGUUUACUACACAUACACAUGAAAAUCAAACUCUCCCGGCCAAAAUCAAACACCUGGCAAGGGCGCAAAAUAAAACACGCCACAUCAACUGCUGCUGUUAGUCUAGUCAGCGGGUUAAGUGAACCGUUAAAGAAUUGGACGGAAUUGGCUAUAUCUGUGUAUUUUUUCUAAAAGUGGCUAUAAUUGUCAAAAUCGUGAAAGUUAUGGUUAUGCAGGUGAAUUAAGUCUUAUGGAUUUGUUACAAUCCUUUAUUUGUUGAGAUGUUUUAUAAUGAAUUUAAGGAUUUGAA